UGCGCUACAGAACCGGAACUGUACCCCCAUACGUUUACACCUUUUUGUUCCGUAUAGCGUCUUCUCACUUCCUUAUUUUUAUAUAAAUCAAACAAGACCGUCCGUCAAAUUUUGGUGGUUCUCUUGCUCUCUACUUCCUUCUCUUGGUUCCUGGAUUCCUCUCAAAAUUCUGAUUUGUGAAGCAUCAAGUUUGGGGAUUUUCCGUCUUUUUCGUUUCUUGGUUUUCAUUUUCUUGGGUUUGUACCUCAAUAUCCCACUGGAUCGAUUCGUUUAGUGGGAUAAAAUUCAGGAACUAUCAAUUGGGCUUGGAGUUGUUUUUACCUCUUUGGUUAAUCCAAAAGACCACCCCAACUUUUGUUUGUAGAUUAAGUUAUUAAUUGUGUUUGCAGAAAUUUUCGGUUCCCUUGAAGCUCGUUUCUGCAAUUGUAUAUCUGGGUCUCAAUAUUUUGUGGGGAUUUCUUGCUUUCGGUUUUAAGAUAUCAGUGUACAGAUUUUUUUCUGUUCUUAAUUAGCAGGUGAAGUUUUGCCAGGAAUCUCCCUCAUUCGAUCUAAUUCUUUGUUGCUGCUUUUUAAGUGCUCGCCUCCUGCAUCGAAUCCGUAAUCAUCUUGUUUUUGACUCACAAGGCUUGAUUAGAGAAUUAAAAGUGUGUUUCAUCUGGAGUUGUUCGCCAAUCAAAGGGUUAUUCUGCCUUGUAUAAUUCCCGAAUUUUUAAACAUCAAAUCUCCAUUGGAGCAUUUUGUGAUCAUUAAAAGAUGACGAUUGGAGAUGUUACACCGAAGAAGGAGAAGAAAUCAAGGAAGAGCAAGCACCAUGCUAAUGAGAAUUCUCCCUUGUUGCCCAAAAGGCAAUAUGAAGAUGGUGGAUUUGACGAGUUUAAUGGAGCUUCUUUUUCUGGGGCAGUCUUUAACUUGUCAACCACAAUUGUGGGUGCUGGUAUCAUGGCUUUGCCUGCAACCAUGAAAGUGCUUGGUCUGGUUCUUGGGAUGGUCAUGAUUGCAUUUAUGGCAUUCUUGACUGAGGCAUCCAUUGAGUUGCUGCUUAGGUUUAGCAGAGCUGGAAGAACAGCUUCUUAUGGAGGUCUUAUGGGCGAUGCUUUUGGCAAGUGGGGAAAGGUCUUGCUACAAGUCAGUGUAUUGAUCAAUAACGUUGGUGUUCUCAUUGUGUACAUGAUUAUAAUUGGUGAUGUGCUAUCUGGAACAUCUUCAAGCGGAGUUCACCAUGCUGGUGUUCUUGAAGGGUGGUUUGGAGAACAUUGGUGGAAUGGGCGGUCCUUUGUUCUACUUGUCACGACACUUGGCAUUUUCGCUCCCUUGGCAUGCUUUAAGCGAAUUGAUUCUUUAAGGUUCACAUCUGCCUUAUCAGUUGCAUUGGCAGUUGUAUUUCUUGUUAUCACUGUGGGAAUUGCAGUUGUGAAGUUGAUAACUGGAACUGUAGCUAUGCCCAGAUUGCUGCCUAAUGUCACUGAUAUGACAUCCUUCUGGAAACUCUUCACUGUUGUUCCUGUUCUGGUCACUGCAUAUAUAUGCCACUACAAUGUUCACAGCAUAGAUAAUGAACUCGAAGACUCGAUAAAAAUAAAAUCAGUUGUACGGACAGCAUUGGCAUUAUGCUCAUCUGUUUACAUAAUGACAAGCUUUUUUGGGUUCCUCCUCUUUGGUGAUUCAACUCUUGAUGAUGUGCUUGCAAACUUUGACACUGAUCUUGGCAUUCCUUAUAGUUCCGUGCUAAAUGAUGCUGUUCGUGUUAGCUACGCAGCCCAUCUCAUGCUUGUGUUUCCAAUUGUCUUCUAUCCAUUGCGGCUCAACAUGGAUGGUCUCCUCUUUCCAUCAGCAAGGCCUCUAGCUGUGUCCAAUUUGAGGUUUGCGUUCGUGACUUUGGGGCUCAUCACUGUCAUCUUUUUGGGUGCAAACUUUAUACCCAGUAUUUGGGAUGCUUUCCAAUUCACUGGUGCAACUGCUGCAGUUUGCCUUGGGUUUAUAUUUCCUGCUGCUGUUACGCUCAGGGAUCGGCACAAAAUAGCAACAAAGAGAGACAAGAUCUUAUGCAUUUUCAUGAUUGUCCUUGCUGUAUUCUCCAACAUGGUGGCCAUUUAUAGUGAUGCCUAUGCCUUGUUCAAGAAGAAUCAAUCACCUCGCGAAUGAUAAUGCAUCAUUUUCCUAAAUGGGGGAAAGAUAUGAUCAAGCUUUCCAGCGACUGCAUUGGAUGGAUGUAAAUUUUUAUUUAGUACUCAAUUGGAAAAACUGAGAUUUUGUUGGAAGUUUAAAUGAGUUGAAUAAGAUGAACCCUCCGCUUAAUGUAUACAGUUUGUUGAAAUGUGAGGAUGUCUUCACAUCUUCUAUGUUUGUAUUAUUAAUGGAUGCUUCGGUUUGUAUUGCUGUUGCAUGAAUUGGCAUGAAGUUUAGGAUGCAUAGAUUCUAUA